AUGUAUUAUGAGAAGCAAAAGUUGAGUUGGAGCCAAAGAGCAGCAGAAGAAGCAGAAACAGUUGCCUCAAUUUCAUGUUCAGGACAUGGAAGAGCAUAUAUUGAUGGCUUUGUUGUUGAUGGAAAGCCUAUUUGUGAAUGCUAUUCUUGUUAUGGUGGCACUGAUUGCUCUUUAUUUCCCCCCAAUUGUCCUGCUGAUGUUGAGAGUGUGGAUCCCCUAUUCUUGGAACCUUUCUGGAUGCAAAAAGCAGCUAGCAGUGCAGUAGUGAUAUCAGGCUGGCAUAGAAUGAGCUAUUUCUGGCCUAACCAAUCCUUCAUAUCCAAUGAGCUUGAGAAAACCAUAAGAAAGAUACAUGCAAUUGCCAAAAAUGCUAUCACAGAUGGAAAAUACAUUAUAUUUGGUGUAGGCUCUACUCAGCUCCUAAAUGCUGCAAUUUAUGCUCUUUCUAUGGAUAAUUAUCCUGCAGCAAAAGUGGUCGCAAAAAUCCCUUAUUAUUCGCUUUAUAAUUCUCAAACAGAGUUAUUUCAAACACAACACUAUGAGUUUGAAGGAGAUUCAUCCACGUUGAGAAACAAAUCAGACUUUGCUGGAAAUGUAAUUGAGUUUGUGACUUCACCAAAAAAUCCUGAUGGGAAUUUGAGAAGCCCAAUACUAAAAGGCCCAAAUGUGAAGGCCAUUUAUGAUCGUGCUUAUUAUUGGCCUCAUUACACAGCAAUUCCAGCUCCUGCUGAUGAAGAUCUCAUGAUUUUCUCUAUGUCUAAGCUCGCGGGUCAUGCUGGAACCAGAUUUGGGUGGGCUAUCGUGAAGGACGUGAAUGUGUACACAAGAAUGAUGGUCUAUAUUGGUUUGGCUGACAUGGGGAUCCCAAAGGAUGCCCAGUUGAGAGCUUUAACUCUUUUGAAAGUUGUUGCUGAAGGAGAUGGGAAGCAACUAUUCCAUUUUGCACAUCAAAAUUUGAGGGAUCGUUGGGAAAAAUUGAGUCAAAUCUUCUCUCUUUCUAAAAGUUUUAGCCUCCAAAGAAUUCCAACUCAGUAUUGCACAUAUCUUGAAAGAGCCAGAGAUCCAUCUCCAGCUUAUGCAUGGGUGAAGUGUAAGAGGUACGAAGAUCAAAACUGCUCUGAAGUCUUCAAAGUUGCAAAAAUCAUAGGUCGUCCAGGUAGCAGAUUCUCUGCUCGAGAUCGUUAUGUUCGACUCAGCCUGCUGAAGGGUCAGCAUGAUUUUGACAUGUUAAUUCGUCGAGUGAAACAGUUGGUUUCCCAAGAACAUGAAGCCCGGGCAGAAUCCAUGUCAGGUUUUUAUUAGAUGAUUAUAAUUUAUUCAUAUAAUC